UGUACUGAAGAGUGGUCGUGGACGGGUCGCUGACGGCCACAUCAUCCCAGUAACCCGCCCGGAGGGACCGAUACGUGACCACUCAACACUUCGGUGUCUUUUUUGCUCCCUAGCCUCUUCCCCAAGGGACAGAAGAGCGCGAGACUUGGUGUGACUUCGUGUUUGUUCCUUACCAUUAAAUCUUAGAGGCUCGGCCUUUCCCCUCUUUUGUGGGCAAAGCGACAAGAAGAGUAUCUGCCCGUGCGACGAAGCAGGGCGAGAAGAUUGUACACACAAGUGAGGGGAAUUGAAGACAGCUCUGGUGACAGAGACGAUUAUUUCCACAGGUCCAUAGGGCAAGUGUCGUUAGUAGUGACGGUUCUACAGAUCACCUGAGUCACCUCAAAGGCACCAGCGGCGAGGAGCCAGUAAGAAGGAUUUGCCAGCAGAGCGGUGUAGCGUGACUCCGGUGGUGUGGUGGUAGCGGUGCGUCCAACCUGGUUCUCCUCCUCCUCCUCCUCCUCCUCCUGCUUCCCCUGGUGGUUGCGGCGGCGGGAAACCUGUUGGGCGAGGGUCUCAGCUUACACUUGUGAGGACACAGCAGGCCUCCUUCCUUCUCUUCCUCCAACCAUCGCUCAGCUGGCCUCGAACAAGACACAGGGAGGAACAAAUAGAGAAGAAAAGAAACGAGCGAGUGAGGAAAGCCUCGGAGACACGCGAGGGAGGGGAAACCAAGAAACAGCCUUGUGGCUCCAUCCUCCCUUGCGCUGGCCUGGCCAACACUCUCCUCUCGGAGGCGCAGCUGAGGCGAGGCAGAGGGACAUUUCGAAAGACAGAAGAGGCAAGACGAGUCCAGAGCCUCCUAGGGCCAGUAAUAGUGGAGACGCCGACGGUCCUGCCACCACGCGGCAACCGCUGCCGCGCUAACAGGUGGUUGCAGCCCAGAGGUUCGAGUGCUACGGCGAUGACGGCGGCCGAGGCCAUGACGGAGCUCUGAGACCAGUCUCGCCGCGACCGCUGGGGAGACACAGCGGGAUCGACCGAAAGAGAGAGAGCGAGAAAGAGAAAAAAAAAUGUGAGAAGUAAUACCGCUAAUCUCGAGACACGGAGGAAAAGGAGGGAUAUACAUCCAUGUAAAUAAGGUAGUUCAAACAGUGGAACAGAAAGUGCAACAAAAAAAAGAGAACGAAAAAAGGAAGAGAUUUAAAAGGAACGCGUAGUUUCCGAAAUAAAAUAAAAUCUGAAAAUUAUUAGUUUCUUUUUUGUAAAUUUUGUGAUAAGUGAAAGAGACGUUGCCUUCAAGAUGGUGUCUGUGUUACCAUCCAUGGAUCACACGUUCUCCAGCAUGGUAGACCUCAAAGAACAGUCAGUGCUGGACCAUCAGGUGAAAAGGCAACGACUGGAUCCCGAGCGAGACACGACGCAGCACAGGUGCGAGGUACCGGCGGUGUCCUCCCCGGCCAGCCACAGCGACAGCGGGUGCGCGUCCCCGUCAGAAGGCUCCGGCGGCGGCGGAGGCGGCGGCAGUGGCGGAGAGGUCCUCGCGCCCUUGGUCAACAUCGCUCGCGGGGUGUCUAUGGCAGGUUCCUCCGCGGCCACUUCUCCUGCGGCAGCGUCUUCGUCAGUGUCUUCAUCGUAUCACCAGAGCACAAGUGGUGGGCCCCCUCCCCCUCCUCCCCCUGCAGCCCAGCCAGCGCCCCAGGCGUCUGCAGACCCUGCUUGGCUGACGCCCACGUCCAUACACCACAACAACAACACAUUGCUCGAAGUAAAGGGGGAGCCGAGCAGCAGCAACACAGCCGCCGACGUAUUCACGGACGCCCUGCCACCCUACACGCCGGCUUCAGAAAACAAGUCCGACCUCUCGUCCUCACACCUACAGCAGCUCUAUUCCAG